ACAAGAUAUCUAGCAUUGUUGAGAGCAAUGCCAUGAUGUAUGGAGAUCAUGAGCGUGCUGAGUGUGCCCGAGACUUCAGGAAAAUACACCAGGCAAGGUGGAAUGAGUACAUUUCUGCUGGUGCUAUAACUACAUUGAAAGAAGCCAAGUGGAACACACCACAGAUCAUUCCUUUCACUCAGGAUGUCAAAGUCCUGCACACACAUCUUGAAAAGAAACACAAUGAGCUCCUAAGUAAGCUCAGAUCUUGCCCUUCUGCUGACAGCUACGCUGCUCUAGCCAAGGUCACGCUGUCCCAGGUCAUCCUGUUCAACCGAAGGAGAGAAGGUGAGGUAUCCUGGAUGCUUUUGUCAGCUUUUAAAAGCAGGGAUUCUUCUGAGCUACACGAAGACAUUGCCAUCUGUCUGUCUGAGUUUGAGAGGAAGCUGUGUCUGCACUUCUCAAGAGUUGAGAUCCGUGGUAAACGAGGGAGAAAGGUUCCUGUGCUCCUCAAGCCUUCCAUGGUUUCUGCCAUGGAGCUGCUUGUUGAAACGCGUGAGCUUUGUUGUGUUCCAGCAGAGAAUCCCUUUAUGUUUGCUAGAUGUGGGGCAAUGUCUGCCUACAGAGGAGGAGAGUGCAUCAACAAAGCUGCUUGCGAAUGUGGCAUAAAGAACCCUGAAGCACUGUCAUCAACUAGGCUCAGGAAACGCAUAGCAACCAUGUCUAAAAUUCUUAACCUUAAUGAGAAUGAAGCAGACCAACUGGCUGAUUUCCUUGGUCACGAUAUCAGAAUCCACAGACAGUAUUAUCGGUUACCAGAGGGAACACUGCAGCUGGCAAAAAUGAGUAAAGUCCUAAUGGCCAUGGAGAAAGGAACACUGUCUGACUACAAAGGAAAGAAACUUGAUGACAUUGAAAUCGACCCAAAUGAGCAACUUGAGGCCCAAGGUGAUUCCAUGUCAAGUGAUGAGGAGGAUUCCAGUGACCUAUCUCAGACAACAGCACCAGUACAGACUGAUCAACCUGUUCAAUCUGAUCAAGCUGUUUCACAGGUGGAUCAAGGUUCUUCAAAUGCUCCAAAAAAGAAAUGGGAGGACAGUGAGGUAAAAGCAGUAGAGAGACACAUGAUGAGUUUCAUCAAGACAUGCAAAGUUCCUGGUAAGCAAGACUGUGAAAGAUGCAUUCACGCAGAGCCAGAAGCUUUGAAGCAGCGAACAUGGACUGGUGUGAAAAAUUAUGUGCGGAACAAGAUCAUGACUCUUAAAGAAAGGGUGGUUUGUAGGGAGGCACAAACACUUCAACACUUUGCACAUUAUGCUCUUUUUGUAGGAAAUGGAGCUAAAUUAAAAGAAAUGAGGAUAAAGGUGUAGAAAUAUUUUGUGGAUGGAAUGAAACGGAAUAUAAAGUGAAAAGUUAGAGUAUAAGAAGGCUAAUGAAGAAGUAGAGGAUAGUAAGAGUCAAUUUUCUUUGUUCAGUUACAAUGAAGUUGGAUGAAAUGUAAUGUUAAACUUUUUGAUAUUUCUGUCAUAGAGGGAGGGGAGAAUGUAAAGAUGAUAAAAAAAGGGAAGAGUGAAUAGCUGUGCUGGACAUGGGCUGUGGCUGGAUGUAACCGAUUGGUGAGAGUUGCCGUGUGCUGACGAGAGAAGCUGAAAACUGAGAUGUGAUGUCAGACACUUUCUGCUUCCUGUAGUGAUGCAGAGCCAGAAGCUUUGAAGCAGAGAACAUGGACUGUUGUGAAAAAUUACGUGCGGAACAGGAUCACGACUCUUAAAAGAAAGGGUGGUUUGUAGGGAGACACAAACACUUCAACACUUUGCACAUUAUGCUCUUUUCGUAAGAAAUGGAGCUAAAUUAAAAGAAAUGAAGAUAAAGGUGUAGACAUUAAAAUUAAGAGACGCUCGCGCUGUUUGCAUACUUUACCACAGCUGAAGUAGAAAAAACCCAUUAUUUUCCAAAUACACAGAUAUUUCAGAGACAUUUUCAUUCAAUACAUGCGCUGCUUAAUACAGUGUCUGUUUGUACAAGAAUAAAGUUCAACAUAAGCCUAAAUACCAACGUAAAGAGGGAGGAGAGAAUGUAAAGGGGACGUAAAGUAGGAGAGCAUGUAAAGGGGACGUAAAGAGGGAGGAGAGAAUGUAAAGGGGACGUAAAGAGGGAGGAGAGAAUGUAAAAGGGACGUAAAGAGGGAGGAGAGAAUGUAAAGGGGACGUAAAGAGGGAGGAGAGAAUGUAAAGGGGGAC